UUUCUAUACCAUCCGACCGAGUAAUAGUUCAAAAGCAGGACAGUUCUUUUCAGAACUGAAAAGUCUCCUGAACAUCCGAUAAUCUACUCCGCGUAUAGUAGAAUAAAGAAAGACAGUUCUCUAAGAACAAACUCUACCUGGCGAGUAGAUGCACGCAUGUUACCAAAUAAAAAACCCCAAAUAUAUAUUGAUACCUCACCAUGCAAUGCCUCAAAUCCUAAAUAAUUAUUACCUACUUCUGAUCCUAUUAGAGCUCUCAAGUAACUGUGCAGAACAUUGUUGCUGUGUUGGGUUAACCAGAAGUUAGUCAAUAUAAGUAUUUUUCUUGCAGUUUUCCAAAUUAUUCAAAGAUGUAUAUCUCUGGCAAGCAUUGUAGAGUUGAUAGGUUCAGUUGUGGGCUUUUUCUUAAGGGGUUUUCUGUUGUCUGGGCUGUGUUUUUUUUAUUGGAGUUUGAAAGAUUUUAGGAAGGUCCCUUUGGAUGCUUCAUGUUAAACCAAAAUAUCAAAACAAACUUGUAGGUGUUGGUAAUUUAAGGUGUGCAAUUCAUUUGCUGGAUUCAUAUUUUAUCUGCAAGCUUGCUGCUGCUGCUUUCAAUAUUUCCCUUUCAAUUGUUUAUGAAUGAAAGUGUCAAUAUAAAAGCAAAAAGCUUAAACCUAUCUCUGCUUUAAUAUUAAAUCCUAGUUUGAAACUCGAAAUGUUGCAAAUCGUUUGAAUUUGUUUGUGUUUCAGUCUGGCUGAUUAUCUCCAACUAUAUCUACCCAGUAAUAAGCAGAUGUCCAAGACCAACCUAAGACGUCGGAGUCUCUUUACGGUUGCUACACCAGGAUGCUGCGUAUGGCCCUAAACAUCUCCUGGCAGGACCAUUAUGAGAGACUGCCAUCUGUUUGCUGGCGGAAGACUACAGAAGAGAUCUGCGAACACCGACUCAAGUUUGCUGGGCACUGUGUUCAUCCCCUCUGAGCUUGUUGCUUGCCCAACCAUCCUCUUGGAGCCCAAUCAUCAAGACGAGGCUUCUUGUGGGAGAAGAUGUCUUUCAUUCAUAGACACCCUGAGACGAGACACUGGCUUAGCCAGCGCUGAGGAACUAGACGCUCCUGCAUGCUGGAUCAAAACAUCUGGACAAGAAUCACUGGGCAGGCUCGAGCUACUACAUGGCGCUCGACUUGAUGAUGAAGACGUAGGAGCUACACUCUCAAGAAAAGUCAGGCCUAACAUCUGCAAAGACUUCUCUCUGACUUCAAGUAGAUCUCCAAGACCAGCCGAUGAUGAAGGAGCUACACUCUCCAGUCAAAGAGACGGAGAUGUGAGGAAUGGUUUCCUGAAAAGAAGUGAGAAUUGAAUCACCACUACUGAUGUCAACAAGGAUACUGGGUAUAAAGGAGAGCAACGCAUAUGAAAACAUCGCCAAGACAUCUAAGCUGCAAGCAAAUAUGGAUGUAACAAUCAAUAUGUUGUCUUUAACAGUAAGGUAUUAUAAAUGUGUUUUUAUGAACUGAAUAAGCUACAAUGUAUUCAGAACACUGCUGCAUGCCUUGUGGAACGGUCUCCAAGAAAUGAGCACAUCAUCCCUAUUCUUCGCUGUCUCUACUGGCUGCCGAUCAAGGACCAUAUUGUGUUCAAGCCAAUGUUGCUCACUUACAA